CUCUGAUAAUAACCAUUUAUUUCUCAUAUAAAAGCACAGCUACCAAAGGCUAGACUUUUACUUUCAUAAAUCCCUCCAAGGCUCUAGCUUGAUUCAUUUUAUCUGCACCAAUAUAUGGUUGGUUUUCGAGAAUGGAGAAUCAAGCAAAGAAAGUGUUGCUCACUUCAAAUGGAGAUGAGAUUUCAGUGAACAUUGCUUUGCAUUUAGCCGAACGUGGUUGCAGGUUGGUUUUGAUGGGAAAUGAGUGCUGUCUGAGGAGUGUCAGAGAGAAGAUAAUGGAUUCAACAAAUAAUGUGGUCCCAGUAGAGGUGAUUGGAAUGGAUAUGGAAGAUGAAAAAGAGGGAGCUUUUGAUGAAGCAGUAGAUAAAGCAUGGAAAGUGUUCGGAUCUUUGGAUGCUCUUGUGAAUUGUUAUGCUUAUGAAGGAAAGAUGCAAGACCAUCUGGAAUUAACUGAAGAAGAGUUCAGAAAAACCGUAAAAAUAAAUUUUAUGGCUGCAUGGUUUAUGCUAAAAGCUGUUGGUAGGAGAAUGCGGGAACAUAAAUCAGGUGGUUCCAUUGUAUUCGUGACAACAAUACUCGGUGCUGAAAGAGGACUUUAUCAAGGAGCUGCUGCAUAUGGUUCAUCUUUGGCAGCAGUGCAGCAGUUAGUUAGAGUAUCAGCUUUGGAGAUUGGAAAACACAAGAUCAGGGUUAACGCAAUUGCUCGUGGUUUACACCUACAAGAUGAAUUUCCUCUGUCAGUUGGAAAGGACAAGGCAGAGAAGUUGGUGAAAGAAGCAGUGCCAUUGCAGAGAUGGUUGGAUGUUAAAAAUGAUCUGGCUUCAACUAUCAUCUAUUUAAUCAGUGAUGGUUCACGCUAUAUGACUGGAACAACUAUAUUCGUUGAUGGGGCACAAUCUAUGGUCAGGCCUCGUAUGCGAUCAUAUAUGUAGUUCCUCUUUCUAGUAUGCUGAUUCAGAAACAUGCAUCCAACAGCAGCAAAUAUAAUUGUUUAAAUCAUAAUUGAUUGAUUGGUUUUUAUUGUGUAAGGUGGUGGGUGGGAACUGGGAAAGGGGUGGUGAAUCCCCCUUUAGAUGUGACCAUAAACUAUGAGAAUUCGCUUUUGGAUUUGUUAUAGAUAGCUCCUACUUUGAAAUUUGUUUCCUUGGGGAAAAUUUUUUGUUGCCUAAUAUAAGAUUGUU